AUGGAGACGUUGAUGCGGGUGAUGGCCGCUAAGAAGCGGGAGGUGUCGGCGGUGCAGGAGAAGAAGCAGGGCAAGAAGGAGAAGUAUCUGCGUCGUGCCGAGGUCGAGUCGCUGCUGGAGGAGGAAGAAGAAGAACAGAAGAAGAAGAACAAGGCGAAGCGGAGCCAGGGGCAGGAGUCUCCAUCCACCAACAAGAAGCGCAGACUGGAGCGCAGCCACGACAAUGAGGACCCGACCACGGCCCACACGAGUAGCCAAGACGCAGACCAUACAGAGAGGAGCAAGCAGGAGGAGGAGGAGUCCGAGGCUGUCCUGUCGUGGCCCGAUCUGCGCCGCCGCCUGCGCGAGCUGGGUCAGCCCAUCACGCUCUUCGGCGAGAGCAUGAGGGACCGCAUGGCGCGGCUGCGUCGCGUGGAGAUCGACGCCGCCACCAAGCACGAGGACGAGCUGGGCGCGGGCCACGACAUCCGCAACCGCUUCGUGGGUGGCGACGGCGGCGACCAGAGAGAGCAGAUGGACGCAGCGGAGGACGCUGAGGAGUUCGAGGCCUCUGGCGCUGCUGGAGAAGGUGACGACGGUGGUGACAGGCAACGCCGCAGCAAGAAGCAGAGCGAAGAAGAUGCAGAGGAAGAGGAGAAGGACGCGGACAAGAUGGUCUACAGGUUCUUCAAGGGCAUGCUGCAGCGCUGGGAGAAGGACCUGGCCGACAGACCGGACCACGUGAAGCGCACGGCGCAGGGCAAGAUCGCCGUCAAGACCAUGAAGCAGUGCAAGGACUACAUCCGGCCGCUGUUCAAGCUGUGCAAGCAGCGCCAGGUGCCGCCCGACAUCCUGCCCAACCUCGUGGACAUCGUCAAGUUCUGUCGCCAGGGCGAGUUCGUGAUGGCCAACGACGCGUACAUUAAGCUGGCCAUCGGCAACGCCGCGUGGCCCAUUGGUGUGACCAUGGUGGGUAUCCACGAGCGUACGGGCCGUGAAAAGAUUAACUCGAACAAGCAGGCACACGUCAUGAACAACGAGUCCCAGCGCAAGUACCUGACGUCCGUCAAGCGUCUGAUGUCGUACGCCCAGUCCAUCUCGAACGUGCUGCCAUCCAAGCGCGUAUUGUGA